GCUAUGAUCGUGAGAGGUGAGGGAGGCAGAGCUGGUCAGUGCUGUGUCUUUGAGUUGUGUAAGUUGCAUUACUGGACAGCUGAAGGUCGAAGUUGUUGAUUUUAUUUAAAUAUAAUAAUUAAGGCGUAUGUUUGGUAAAGUGAUGAUUCAUUAGCGGUUCCAGAGCACACACGUGACGUGUGUUCCAUUGAAUUUUGAAGUCCACGUUGUUCCUGCCUCAGCUCAGUAACGGAGCCCCGCCAUGUGGCCGGUGUUGUGGACCGCUUUCCGGACGUACGCCCCAUACGUGACCUUCCCGGUGGCCUUUGUGGUUGGGGCGGUGGGGUACCACUUGGAGUGGUUCAUCCGGGGAACCCCUGCACCGCAGCAGGAGGAGCGCGGCGUCCUGGAGCUGCGGGAGGACCGGAAGCUGGAGGAGCUCGCUGGACGGGACAGCACCCAGGUCACCAGCCUGAAGGAGCGGCUGGAGUUUGCACCGAGGGCCGCGCUCAACCGCAACCGCCCAGAGAAAAGCUAGAGAAGUGCGGGGAAGGGCACCCCGGAAAGCCUCUGCCCUGAGCGUCGCCGCCAUCCCCACCACCACCACCGCUCACUUCUAUAAGCAGAGGACGGUUGUGGUUUACUUUACCAGUCUGCAACGUGGCUGUCUGAUGGAAGAACAAACUGGACUUCUUUUUGUGUUGACAUGUGGUCAUUGAUGUUGUUUAUCAGUUGCUGCCACACCAAUCACACAUCUGUGUUUUAAAAGAGCUGUCUUUCAAAAUCACAGAUUUUUCUAAUCUUAAUAUUUAUGAGGGUUUAUCAUAAGGAAUCAAGGCCUUUUUUUGAGAAUUUUUCUUUUAUCUGCAGGUUCUCUUCAACAGCAAUGUGGUUCAGUGAUCAUGUGUGAAGUGGAUGCAAAAUUUCAAUUAGUUUUUUUUUUUGCCCCCUUUGACCUCUGACAGAAAGAGCUAAUACGUCGUUUUAAAUUAGUUGGACAUAAAAACGAGUUGGUGCCUGGAAGAGGCUGGUGUGAGAGCACUGUGAAAAGACUUGGGAAGUUUCGAACACACACGUACGUGGUUCUUCUGCCCAACGUUGAUCUGAAAUGAAGGAUGUCUGGUAAUCGGUGGUUACCAAGCAUUUUGUGAUACGUUACUUUUCCUGUGCUUCUUGUUGAUUUUAUAACGACUGGGACUUUGUGCAUUUUGCAAAGAAAUAGCUCUAGAAAAUGUCUUUAUUAAAAACAGAAGUACAAAGGUGUGUGUGUUUACCCAGAUUUGCUUUCAUUUUUGAAAGUCCCUUAAAUGCAGCCACCCACUGUUCAUAUGAGUCCUGAAAUGUAUGGCAAUCUUGGCGUGUGAGAUCUUAGCCAGGUGAACUGUUUUGGAGAAACCUGCAGCAUCCUGAACUAUAGUAAUUAAAAAUCAGUCAUUUCAGUCUCAGAUAGUAAUCAUUUUGUUCAGUUCACACGUGUUGGUGCUGUUAUUCAGGAUUAUGCCGAUGGGGUAUAAUGUAUACGUGCAAUUCAAGACUUUCCGCAACAUAUCAAGCUUGGUGUGUCGAAUACGCUUUCUAGGUGGGACAAACGCAGAUUUAAUUAAUAAAAAAAAUAACAAUCAAGCAGCAGAAUGUUAAUGAUGUAACAUUUUGUUGUUAAAGAGUGAUACAGGCUGUUGCAAUGAAUAUGGUACCCGGAGCUCUGCCGUUACAGGGAGCCUAGGCUUGAUGGUUCACAGGAAGGGAAAAGGAGGUGGGAGGUGAUACAGUGCAAGAGGCAACUCCAGGAAGUGUGACAAACCCCAGAGGAACCCACGCACAAUGUGUUUAAGAUAAGAGACAAAUAGUUUCUCAGAGGACUGAAAAUAACCACUCUUUUUACUUGAGUGAGAUAGAUGUAUGGAUAAAAAAAUCAAUAAUCCCAGUGGAGAUCGCAUGAGGCUGCAGCAGCAUACUUACAGCUAUUGCUUGAAUAAAUAAACAGUGUAAAAAUAGACCAUGGAAUGUAAUGUAUGCUCAUCUUCACAGCAAACAUUCAGUACUGUGGAAUUUACAUGGAAAAAAGCUCAGUUUUACUCUGGUAUCAGAACGCUUGCUUUGGAUCAUUAGUAAGCGUGAAUGUCAUCAAUAGGCAACUUUCUGGCUAAAUGAAAGGCAAAAAAAAAUCCAGUGAUGGGUAAAAAAAAAUGAAGAACUGGGGGCCGCAUGGCAGCAAGGCUUUGGAAAGUGUUGGAUAACAAGGCACCAUGCUGCUGUCGCGCAGGUGACUUGAAUUUAUUAAUCAAAUGGCUUUGUUCUUGAUGUUUUCCCACUUGUUUCAUUUGCAGGGUGAAGCAGGACGAUACCAUAUGGCAGCACACGGCCACUUCGCUACCAUUUUUCAUCUCUGAUAGACAUGCAUAACAAUUAACCUUGAUUCAUUUGCUUUUACAGACAAGCUGUAAAUGUCCCCAGGAUUCAUUUCUGAAAUUCUAACUGUUCUUUGUACGCCUGAACAGACAAAGGGAAGCUUCCCUGUUGGAUUUCACUGUGGUCCUCAUGGUAACAUUUGGAAAGAGUUAUUUCAAUCUUCCUAAUUGUAUUAUUAAUCUGUAAUGGUGCAACUAUUGCUCUCUUAGUCUUUCAAACACAUACAGCACAAGUGUGGCUGAUGAGUAAAAAAUAAAUAUAGAAACUUGCAAAUCUAUCAAUGCGUCUCCUAAUUUCAGCUUGAAUAUCUUGCAUGAUGAUGUUUAUGCCUGAAAAUAUAAACAGGAAGAGGAGAAAUGAACACAUAUGAGAGCCAUUUGAUGUUAUCAAGCCUUAAGAAUGUUUGUUUAGGGUGCCACGAGUUGAUAGAACUGCGAUACGUGUGAUUAUGGUCCAUUUGUUUCAUACUUUUUUGUCAAAUCAAUAAAAUACAGCCAUAAUUCUUCAACACGAGUUGGGAUGCGAAAAAAAGAAAAAACCUUCACAUGCAAACAUGCAACACCGCCUUUACUUUGUGUAUGACCUGAUCAUACCGGUGAUGUAGUGUAACCUUUUGAGCCCUCGCUCUAUGUACGUGGAUAUAUUUGCAAUUUCUCGGUGUGUCAUCUCCACCUGUAUAUUGCUGUGACCUUGUGUUGUUCAUACAAUUAUGUUUAACAGAUGCUGUCAAAAUGACUAAUGAGUGGAAAAUUAUAAUAAAAAAGCACUUAG